UUGUCGGUCGGGUCGAAUUAGUCACCAACGAAUCCUUUGUUCGGCAAUUGGUUAAUUUCGGCACGGUUUCGUCGACGCAGGGAGAACUAGCCGAUUCGUUGGAUAUACGUGGUCGUCCUCGAGUUCGACAUUUUAAUUUGCUCGCCUUCGCCGAUUAA